UUGCAGCAACUCCUUGUUUUCCUUUUCCAAGCUAUUUCCAGAAAAUUACAACUUACUGUUUGCGUGACUCGACAACAAAACUUGGAAACUGACGUGAAUAUUAUAUUGUUCAUGGCUUGGCAUCAAUAAUUAGAAGUGCUGUUGAGCACGAGAAACUCAUUGAUCCGUAAUACUUCAUCAUGGCAUCCAAACCUUCGAUUUUACUUGCGUUCUUUGUCAUAACUCUGCUUCCUGCAGCCCAUUCAUUGCAGUGUUACCGCUGUGAAAAUAUCUACAAGAUCACAGAAUGUGCGCCUGACACUCCUGUGACCUGCGGUAGCUCUAGUAACAGAUGCGUCACGGCAAAGCUUUCCUACAAAAGCAACCAGACCGAACGAGGUGAGGUGGAGACGUUUUACAGAACAUGUACCACUAUGGCGGAAUGUAACAUUGCCACUGCUCCGUGCAAAGAUAUUAAGGACGCCAUCUGUGAAUACAAGUGCUGUGAAGAUGAUCUAUGCAACAACAGCGCUCGUUCUUCGAGCCAAGUCUUCCAUUUGCUGGUCUUCGCUUUUAUUGGGUUACUUUUACCAGCUUGAUCCUUGUAAACAGUGCAUUUUCCGGGUGUGUUUUAUAUCUUAGAUAUGAACAAUUUCAACAUUUCCAUCUAUUUUUUCGCUGAACUACUGCAUCUCUCCGUUAUGAAAUAAUCGGUUGUCUUAUUUCUUAUAUUAUCAGUAUCUAACUUUCAGGACCCAUCUUAUA